AUGUCUGAACAAGAGCGUAUACAGGAAUGUCUAAGGAAGGAAAUAAGGUCACUUCUCAUUUCCACCAAAGAUGGUUUGACCUCACAGCAAUUGGAAAAGGAGUACCUUUUGAUGGUUGGCAACCAUCUACCACUACGGAUCCUUGGGUAUCGGUCCACUAUGGAGCUGGUGUUGGACAUGCCUGAUGUUGUUAGCGUCUGCCACUGUAGGGAUGGUACUACAAUACUGAAAGCCAUUCCAGAUGAAUCCACCAAAGGCAUAGCAAGUUUAGUUGCAAAGCAGAGGAGCAGCCAUAAGGUUCGAAACUCCAUGCAGAAGGGAAGGGCAGGUGUUUGCUCUGGGCCAAGCUCUCAAAGGCGGGUACCUUACCGAGGAAGCGUGCCCCCUGUUCUUCCAGCUGUUGUGAAGAGUGAGUUGAAAGACCUCUUGGCAGUAUCUCCUGUUCUCCUUUCUGAUUUUGAAAAGGCAUUUGCCAAGCGAUUUGGGCGAUCAUUCCAAUAUGUGCAAUAUGGAUUCUUCUCUAUGUUUGAAGUGCUGAAUGCAGCUUCAGAUGUCAUUUCUGUAGUGCAGACCAGAGCAGGUUCUCUGUUGAUGCUAAAGAAGAGUGUAUCAGAGGAAAGAGGAUGGCCAGCAGGUAAAAAUUUUACCCAGCCAUUGAGAAUGAAACACGAAGGGUCAUACUCCACAGGCUCCCCAGUAGAAAAAGCAAGCUUUUCACAACCCACUUCAAACAUGGAAGCACCAAAGCAAAUGUUGAACAUGGAGAACACUUCCAGGUUAAAUGCAGUGGAGACUUCUAGGCUGAAUUACACUGAAAAAUUAAACCAGUUGGAGAACACAUUCAAAUCAGUUAUUGCACAAACUGGACCUGGAGGGACUAUCAGUCCAGAACUAAAACAUAAGAUAAAAUUCGUUGUAUCUAAGUUUCCAGAGGGUUUGUUUGUUUCUAAACUGCUUACAGAGUUUGAGGUAAUUUUUAAAGAGCAACUUUCACCAAAAAAAUUGGGCUUUUUAAGUGUGACAGAACUUGUUGGAGCUCUUGGUGACAUUCUCCAUGUUGAGUUCAGGGAAGGAGAACAAGACUUACUAGUGUUUGAUGCUGAUAUGAAGCCUCUACCACCUGUUCAAUCAGAUAAGAAAAUAGAAGCCAAAGCUUGUGUCUCCAGUCCCCCUAGAAAUUCACUGUCUGCUGCUGCUAUCAAGGAGACUGCAUGGGAUCGCCCUUUGAAAAACCAUAAAGAGCCAGAACAGAAGAUUUGCAAGAAGCCUAAUAUGGUAGUAAAGCCUUUACAGCUGCAAGUAGAAAUAAGCAAAUCACAGCUCACCCUGGCAAUGGCCAAUUGUGAUAUCCCACCAGAUGCUGUACGAAACAAGAAAUUACGCAGACUCCCACCAUUAGACACCAGUACCCUUGUGGGGGUCUUUGUGGAGUAUAUUGUCUCUCCUAGUCAAUUCUACAUCCGAACCUAUAGCAGGGAUUCAUCAGAGUUACUCGAAGACAUGAUGAUUGAAAUGCGGCGGUGUUAUUCUAAUCAGCUGGUUUCUGAUCGAUAUGUCAUGCCGGACUAUUUUAUCCAACCGGGACAUCUCUGUUGCGUAAGGAUUUCUGAAGAUAAGUGGUGGUAUCGGGUCAUUAUUCAUCGAGUCUUUGGGAAACAGGAAGUUGAAGUUUUUUACCCAGACUUUGGAAAUAUUGGAACUGUUCAGAAGUCUUCCCUGAGGUUCCUCAAGUGCUGCUACACAAAGCUUUCAGCUCAAGCUAUCCCUUGUUCUUUGGCUUGGGUGAGACCAGUAGAGGAACGCUGGACAUCCAGAGCUAUUUUACAGUUCCAGAAGCUGUGUGGUUUGAAGCCAUUAGUGGGUGUAGUGGAUGAAUAUGUAGAUGGAAUCCUUAACAUUUUUCUGUGUGAUACAUCCUCAAAUGAAGAUAUCUAUUUUCAUCAUGUCUUGAGAACAGAGGGCCAUGCUAUUGUAUGCCGAGAAAAUAUCCCUUCUAAGGGUUUUAGAGAACUCAACCCUUUAGCUUUAUACACUGAAUCCACUGGAGGGCCAGAGGAUGUUAUCUUGACAGAACCGAGUUAUCCUUCCCAGCAGCACUAUUUUAAUGAAGACCAAAAGAUAUGUCCACAGUCAAAAGAGAAUGAGUCACAUACCCUGCAAGAUAUUAAUGAUGAAAAGUUUUUAAGUCACCUUAAAUCUGAGUCAAAGGAGUCACUAAAGGAUUCUGAAUUCAGUUACUUGAAAACCCAUGAUAAAAGCUGUGAAGAAGGUCCAAAGUGGUCCAUCUCAGAGCCAAAGGACCUGAAGGAAGAAAAUGAGGAUGAGAUCCCCCCUGGAAUGCCAUGCCUGGAGUCAAUGACCAUAGGUGAUGAUAUUUGGGAUGAAAACUGGUUACCUCUGCAGGCUAAGAUGGGAAAAGAAAGUGAUGCUGCUUCUCAUCAAUUUACCUCAAGUCUUGGUGGAAAGAAACAAUAUCCAUCAUGUAAAGAAAUUCCAGAGAAGGAUUGUUUUUCUACACCCAAAGAUACACAGGAAGAUUCAUGGCAGCCUUCAGGCCUUGUGAAUGGAAUCAAAGUAGAUGUUCAAAAACCAGAAGGACUGGAUUCUCAGGAAGAAAGUACUGACACAACCAGGAUUCAAGACCAGCCAAAUUUAAAGGAGUCUUCAGAUUCUUCCACGCUGCCCAAAUUGGAAGAGUUCUACAUCUCUCUUACUGAGUCACAGCAGUCAGCAGAAGGGAGCCAGUUUGAAUCUAAUGACAUUCAGACUCAGCCAGAGCAAAUUCAGCUAUCCACAGCAGUACUCAGUUCAGCUACUGCAGUGGUUGAUUCCUGCACUCUGAAAACACACUCUAUCAAAAGCUCUCCAGGGAGCCUAAAGAGGGAAGACUUUUCUAGUAGCCGUGCCAUUAUAGUGUUUAAAGACAAGAGUCAAGAAGCCAUGGACCAACUCUCUUUGUUUUUCUCCUCCAAGCACCAGAUUUCUCAGAAGUUGUACAUUCCUCGAAGUACAGCCACUGCUGCCUUAGGAGCUGCCGCACGGUUAGCUACAUCCAGGAGCCUCCUACACUGGUAUACCAGUGUGAGAAGGAUGGAAGCGUGA